AAAUCAAAAGAAAGUCCAUCUGUCUAUGUGUGCCCAUUCUUCCUUGGGAGAUGUCCAAUGUUUCCAGUUAUGCCCUUCGAAUGGCCCGGCUGAGUGCUCAAAUAUUCGGAGAAGUUGCCAGGCCAACUGACUCAAAAUCUAUGAAAGUAGUGAAAUUAUUCAGUGAGCAGCCUUUGGCCAAGCAGAAGGAGGUUUACAGCUGGUACCCUCCUCACAACACCUACUACGCCCUCAUGAAGAAACUCCGUUACUUUGGUCUCUACAGGGAUGAGCAUCAGGACUUCAAGGAGGAGAUGAGGCGAUUGAAAAAGCUCCGUGGGAAGGAAAAACCAAAGAAAGGAGAAGGGAAGAGAGCUCUCAAGAAGAAAUAGUGCCACUUGGACAAUAUAACAUACUACUCUGGAAAUGCUAGACAACAGCUGUAACAAAGGCUUUCUGUUCCCAGCUGGAGAGGGCUUGGCAUGUGAGCUGUGUGUGGGGGCACAACAAACACGCUGUCAAAUACUGGAGUCCACCUUGGGAGUGCACUUGGGUCUUUGUGGUUUUACUGUUUCUGAAUUUUUGUAGUUUAAAUGUACUGUAUAUUGGAGCACAUAAGUUUGUCAGAGCCCUCUCAUACCCAAAUAGUAAAAACAAUAGUUAAAAUAAGUGCUCAGUGUUUUUUCUUGAUGUUCUACAUCACCUGUAGCUGUUUCAAUUUCUCUGGAUCUGGAAAACUGUUUGGUUUUCAUUGUCUGUUUUACUUCCUUGGAUUAAUAUCAACACCGUUUUGCAUCUAGCCACAAAAAAAUAAGGUUUCCUGCUUCUACUGCUGCUUGUCAUCUUGCCUGUUAUAAUGAGUGUCACUUCAGGUAGCCUUAGGGUUUUGUGGCUUUUAAUUUUUUUAAGUUGCUGUUAGAAUCUAUUGUUCUCCAUUUUGCGCUGGACAAUACUUUGUGGUCCAUUGCCUGCCCACAGCACUCUCAUUGUACCCUGAAUAUUUAGAGACUGCAACAGAAGAGGCUGAAAUAUGAAGACUCAAACUGGUUUCUGGUUUGAGAUGCCCUACUAAUUAAAAUACAAUAUUUAGGUUUAUUGUAAUAAAAGGAUUUGGAAUUUAGAUUGCCUGGAGGACAUGUAUGAAGUACUUCAUAAGGUGAUCCAGCUUUACUGGUAUUCAGUAUGCGGUUUUAUCACUAGGCUCCUUCAGUGUUGCUAAUAUUAAUGAUUACAUACGUCUGCCAUUCUUACCUGUCAGUCCUGAAAUGGCAUCUUUUAAUUUCCAGACCAUGUAAGCUUAGAGGAACAU